UGGCGGUUACUCCGGAAGAGGCUGGCGGGACAUUCAAAUCCGGAGAGUCGGGAGAGUCGGAGAGGAGCCCCGGGGACGGAGAUGAUGGGGAGCAGCGCUGCAUACGAGCGCCUGACGGCGGAUGAGAUGGAUGAGCAGCGCAGACAGAAUAUCGCCUACCAAUAUCUGUGUCACCUGGAGGAGGCCAAGCGAUGGAUGGAAUCCUGUCUCAAUGAGGAUCUGCCACCACCUACCGAACUGGAGGAGAGCCUACGAAAUGGGGUCACUCUUGCCAAGCUCGGGAACUUCUUUUCUCCGGAGCUCGUGCCGCUGAAGAAAAUUUACGACAUCGACCAGCUGCGAUAUAAAGGGGCUGGACUACAUUUUCGGCACACGGAUAAUAUCAACCACUGGAGACAAGCCAUGAGCCGUAUUGGUCUUCCUACGCUUUUCCAGCCUGAAACAACUGAUAUUUACGACAAGAAAAACAUGCCGCGCGUUGUGUAUUGCAUUCACGCUCUCAGUCUUUACUUAUUCAAGCUGGGGCUGGCUCCUCAGAUCCAGGACUUGUACGGCAAAGUGAAUUUUACAGAGGAGGAGAUCAACAACAUGAAGUGUGAGCUGGACAAGUAUGGGUUACAGAUGCCGGCUUUCAGCAAAAUUGGAGGAAUCUUGGCCAAUGAGCUGUCUGUGGAUGAAGCAGCAGUCCAUGCAGCUGUCAUCGCUAUCAAUGAAGCCGUGGACAGGGGCGUGGUGCUGGACACAAUGGUCGCCCUGAGGAACCCCAACGCCAUGCUGGUGAACCUGCAGGAGAAGCUGGUGGCUGUGUACCAGGAGCUUCUCUACCAAGCCAAGUCUACCAAGAUGGCAAACACCCGUAAUAAGGCCCAUCAGAAUUCGUCAGACAGCCAGGAUGUGUAUGAUCACUGUCUGACACAAGCCGAAAUACAAGGCAACAUCAACAAAGUCAAUGUACACGCAGCAUUGGAGUACGUAGACGAAGCUCUGGAGAGGAAAGAUUCAAAGAGCUUGUACGCGGCAUUGCAGGACUCCGCCCUCUUGCUGCGCAGGAUUCAGCGGGAGAACGCAGACUGGUAUCUGGAGCAGCUCACCAGUGAUCGGGAGCAGAAAGCUUUGGAACUGGGCUACGUGGACCUGCUAGAGAAGGAGGAGCUACAAGCUGGAAUCGAUGCUGCCAAUCAAAUUUCAAUCAGAGAACAUGCCAUGGAGCAGGCGGUUUCCCGUAUUAAUGGCGCUAUACGCAAUGAAAACGUGGCGCAGACCAUGAAAGAACUGUCCAACCCCGAUGCUCAGCUACCAGAUGUCUAUCCGACUGCGGCUGAACUGUACCAGCAGGAGCUCCACUUGCUGCAAUCGCAGAGUUCCCAGGGGUCCCUGACACACGAGGAGCUGUUUGUGGCUGUAGAGAUGCUCUCCGCUGUAGCGCUAAUCAAUCGGGCGGUGGAGGCGGGAGAUCUGAAUGGAUUUUGGACCAAUCUGAUGAGCCCGGCGCUGGGCCUGACCGAUGUUGACGAGGAGAAUAUACAGAGGUAUUUUAACAAACUGGCCAAGAGGAAGCGGCGGUCUCAGGGAGGGUGCGCCUUCGUGAGUUGGAAUGACCUCCAAUCCUGUGUGAAUCGCAUCAACCUCUCCACCCAGGAGGAGCAAGACAUUUCUUCCCGAAGAGCCACGGGGAAGAACAAGAAGCAAAACACUUUGAGUUACACCGCAGCCAGACUACACGAGAAAGGCGUACUGCUAGAGAUUGAGGACCUUCCCUUCAGCCAAUUCCGGAAUGUCAUCUUCGAGAUCGCCCCUUCCGAAGAGGCGGGGAGGUUUCAAGUGAAGACGAAAUUCCUCGGGGUGGAUAUGGAGAAGUUUCAGCUCAAUUAUCAGGACCUUCUCCAGCUGCAGUACGAAGGCGUAGCCGUUAUGAAGAUGUUCGACAAAGCCAAGGUCAACGUCAACCUGCUCAUCUUCCUCCUGAACAAAAAGUUCUUCCGGAAUUGAGAACCUAUUUGGCGCCCCCCCCCCCCCCCC